AGACACAUCUAUUCUACUGCAAGAACCUGAAUCUGAGUUUUUGUUACACUAUUUUCUGUCUUUCUCUCUUAGGACUGGAUGAAGGCUCUGCAGAUAUUUUGCAAUUUAAGAAAAAACAGUCCAGGGAUAUCAAAUAAACGUCUACGUCAGGUCAGCAGUCUUAUUUUACAUGUAGAAGAAGCUCAUACGCUCCCAGUAAAACAUUUUACUAAUCCAUAUUGUAACAUCUACCUGAACAGUGUCCAGGUAGCAAAAACACAUAUCAGGGAAGGGCAAAACCCUGUAUGGUCAGAAGAAUUUGUCUUUGAUGAUCUUUCAUCUGAUAUUAAUAGCUUUGAGAUAAGUCUUAGCAACAAAACAAAGAAAAGUAAAGAUCCAGAUAUACUUUUUAUGCGUUGCAAAUUCAGCCGAUUACAGAAAGGACAUGCAACAGACGAGUGGUUUCAGCUCAGUUCCUAUAUGCCACUGAAGGGUACUGAGCCAGGAUCUUUGCGUGUUCGAGCACGGUAUUCUAUGGAGAAGAUCAUGCCAGAAGAGGAGUACUGUGAGUUUAAAGAGCUUAUACUCCAGAAAGAGAUGCAUGUAGUCUAUGCCUUAUCACAUGUUUGUGGACAGGAUAGAACACUGUUGGCUGGCAUUUUAUUGAAGAUUUUUCUUCAUGAAAAGCUUGAGUCACUAUUGUUACGAACACUAAAUGACAGGGAAAUAAGCAUGGAAGAUGAAGCUACUACUUUGUUUCGUGCCACCACUUUAGCAAGUACACUAAUGGAGCAAUAUAUGAAAACCACAGCAACACGUUUUGUUCACCAUGCACUGAAAGACAGUAUAUUAAAGAUAAUGGAGAGCAAGCAGUCCUGUGAGUUAAAUCCCUCGAAAUUAGAAAAAAAUGAAGAUAUAAACAUUAAUUUGGCACAUCUACUCAGUAUACUUUCAGAAUUGUUGGAAAAAAUAUUCAUGGCUGCAGAGAUACUACCUCCGACAUUGAGAUAUAUUUACGGAUGCUUGCAAAAGUCUGUUCAAAGCAAGUGGCCAGCUAAUACCACAAUGAGAACAAGAGUUGUUAGCGGCUUUGUUUUUCUUCGAUUGAUUUGUCCUGCUAUCCUGAAUCCAAGGAUGUUUAAUAUAAUCUCAGGUGACUAUGCUUCAGACUGA